AUGCAUGGCGAGUCUUCCUUCCAUUCCUUUCCUCCCCCAUCAUCGGCAUCGCUUGCUGAGAUGGUUGCCAUGCAUAACCCGAUUCAGCUGGCUGCAAUCUCCAACUACAAACUGGCCCAAUUGACAUUUGCUCCACCCAAUGUUGAUUCCUUGAGGAAGACUGCUCUCGUCAAGAACAUGCUUGAAGUUCUCUAUCGUGAUACACCUGCUGAAUGGUUGAAUCAAAUGACACGUUGGGUAUUCUUCACUCCAGAAUCCCUUACUGAUAUGACUCAAGAAGGCCUUGAAGAGAUCUUUGCUCAAUAUGCGCAGACCAUCGAAGCAUUCCAGCCCCUUGACGACGACGAUGAUGAUGAUGAUGAUGACCGAGAAGCCGAUCGUAUAUGGGAAGAACAUUACAUGUGGGGACCCAAUGAUGAAGAAGAGGUUGAUGAAGAAGAGGAUAUAAGGAACGCAAGUGGAUCCACCAUGUCUGAGGCAUCGACCAUGUUUUCACAACCCCAUGCAACCAUGUCAUCAGAAAUGAUCCAUCAUCAUCAUCAGCCAUCAUCAUCAUUUCCACCUUCGCCACCCGUCUCUUUGGCUGAUAAGCCAUUACCCAAGAAUCCACCGAUAGAAGAUAUGCCUCGUCGAAAAAGCUUGACGCCUAGUGUACGUAGCAGGAAUCGUCUUAGCUGGACUAGCGAUACUGGAGUUGCGUUAUCAGGAUCCAUGGUGCAAGCGAUGGCGAGUGAUAUGAUGAAUCUCUUUGAUAUGAAUUUCUCAGUGGAUAUCAAACUCAACACGGCACCCAAGUUACCCGAGUUGCCUUUUCCUCAUCAACAUCAACAACAAUGCCAGCAACGGAAGCGCCUAUCCAAUGAUUCGCUUAUGGGUCUGAUCCCGACUUUCGAAACAUUCACACUCGACGACGAUCCCUCUCCGCAUAGUUCAUUAUCCCAGAAACCAAAAAGGAAAAGUCGUUUGUCUCAGUCAUGGUCCAAUUCAUUUGUUUCAGAUGAUGCGCUACCUCCUCUUCCUCCAUCAUCAUCAUCGUCAGCAGCAGCAACAGAAGCAGCAGUAUCCAAUCCACCACCAACACGAUCUUCUUCAUUGGCAUAUAGAAAGCAACAUCAUCAACAACAACAACAACGACGUGCAUCACAACCAACAACAGCAUCCUUAUUACAGCAUCAUCCAAUUAAUACAGGCACCACUAAGCGCUCCGACUUUUUAGCGGGUUUAUGGGGUGCUGCUAUUAAUGGAUCCAACAAUGAUAAAAAGGAGACAAGAAACAACCUAUCUCGCAGCAAAUCCAUGCGCAGACUCGCUUCCCUUGUUAGAGGCAAUAAGAAAAAGGCUUCAAAAUCUUCACCCUCUCUCCAAUAUGUUGAAUCAUCUGAACCACCUGAACCACCAGCAAAAGAUCAUCUUUUCAACAAGUCGCAACAUUCUUUAUGUUCGGUCGCUUCAAGUACUUCAUCUUGUUCGACAUCGACUGCCAAAGUGAUGGUAGCUCGCAAGACAUCCUUUCGAAAACCACAACAACAAGAAGAGGUUUCCAUGACAACGACACAACAGCAACACGAUGAUGAGGAUCACUUGCUUGCCAAACGACGCAGCUUUACAAUGUUACGACCGGUGGUAGUGGAAGCACAAGAAAUACGACGUGCUCGUUCGAUGGGUCAUCGUGAUGCCGCUGCUUCUCGACGUCGUCUUGCAGCCAAAAUGGAAGCAGCACAAAAGAGUCUACCUCAGUUGACGAUCCAAGAACCUUUAUUGGAGCAGCAGCAACAAUUGCCACCGCAACCACAACCUACCUUGUCGCGAUCCAAGUCCGCCUUGAAGAAAUUAAGUCGAGGUCUCUCACAACGUCGUCGUAACAACAAACAACAACCUCUUCAAGAACAGCAGCAACAUGAAAAGCUACCUGUACAAGAGGAGGAGGAACCCACAACCAAUAAGAAUACGAACGCGUUUGUAAAAAGAAUGACUUCUCUUGGACGCCGCAUUCGAUUACACACCAUAUAG